AUGUCUCCCUCGGCCCUUAUCGAUCACUCGCCUCACCAGCCCACUGCUGCCCCUAAGCGUGCCUCUGCGAACAACCUCGUCCUCAUUGAUAAUUAUGACUCUUUCACAUGGAAUGUUUACCAGUACCUUGUCCUCGAAGGCGCCACUGUUACGGUAUACCGCAACGACAAAGUCACUCUAGAAGAGCUCAUUGCCAAAACCCCUUCACAACUGGUCAUCAGCCCUGGCCCUGGCCAUCCAGACUCAGAUGCAGGAAUUAGUAAAGCAGCCAUCCAGCAUUUUGCCGGCAAAAUCCCAAUCCUUGGGGUUUGCAUGGGCCAGCAGUGCAUUAUCUCAGUCUUUGGAGGGAAGGUUGACGUUACUGGGGAGAUCCUGCAUGGCAAGACCUCACCUCUGAGGCAUGAUGGCAAGGGAUGCUACACGACCCUGGAGCAGGACCUGCCAGUCACCAGAUAUCAUUCUCUUGCAGGGACGCAUCCCACGCUUCCGUCGUCGCUAGAGGUCUCUUCAUGGAUUGCCAAAGGCCCAGAUGGCGGCAAUGGCGUGAUAAUGGGUGUCCGACACAAGGAGUUCGUGGUCGAAGGCGUCCAAUUCCACCCCGAAAGCAUUCUCACCGAGAACGGUCGAGUCAUGUUCGAUAACUUCCUGUCCAUGACUGGCGGAAGGUGGUCAGAGAAUACACACCUUGCUGCAUCUGUAGAAUCCGCCAAUGGAGUAUCAAAUGGCCAUCAAGCCCUGGCCAAGGAGUCAAUUCUGGACAAAAUCUACGCCCACCGUCGACAGGCUGUAGCUGCACAAAAGCUUAUUCCUUCACAACGACCGCCAGAUUUACAAGCUGCCUACGACCUUGGUCUGGCUCCGCCUCAGAUCUCGUUCCCAAAUAGAUUAAGGAGAUCUGCUUAUCCCCUCGCUCUCCUGGCAGAGAUCAAACGAGCAUCGCCCUCCAAAGGUAUGAUAUCGAUCAAUACCUGUGCUCCUGCACAAGCACGAAAAUAUGCGAGUGCUGGCGCCAGUGCGAUCUCGGUCCUCACCGAGCCAGAGUGGUUCAAGGGUAGCCUAGAAGACAUGAGAGCUGUCCGCCAAAGUCUGGAAAGCAUGCCCAACCGGCCGGCGGUACUCCGGAAAGAGUUCAUCUUUGAGGAGUAUCAGAUCCUCGAGGCCCGUUUGGCUGGCGCAGACACCGUUCUUCUGAUUGUUAAGAUGCUCGAUGUCAAGACUCUAACCCGGCUAUACUACUAUUCGCGGUCUCUGGGAAUGGAACCCCUUGUCGAGGUCAAUACCUCCGAGGAAAUGAAGAUUGCCGUCGAGCUUGGGGCCGAAGUCAUUGGCGUCAAUAACCGUGAUCUCACCAACUUUGAGGUUGAUCUUGGAACGACUAGUCGACUGAUGGACAACGUUCCUAAAUCGACCAUUAUCUGUGCCCUGAGCGGCAUUUCCGGACCGCAGGAUGUUCAAGCAUACUUGAAGGAUGGUGUUAAGGCAGUACUGGUUGGAGAAGCGCUAAUGCGUGCCACGGACACAGUCGGUUUCAUAUCAAGGCUGGUGGGUGACCCCGAUAUCCCGCCGAAGCAAAAGUCUCAGCGACCUCUGCUCGUCAAAAUUUGUGGCACGCGAACACCACAGGCGGCAAAGGCCGCAAUCGAAGCAGGGGCAGACUCAAUCGGGAUCAUUCUUGCCCCUGGUCGAACACGCACCGUCCCUGACGAAGUCGCUCUCCAGAUAGCACACAUUGUACGAACCACACCCAAACCUUCUGCGCUUCAUCCACCGCACUUUCCAGAUCUCGGUGCCUCCGACUUUUUCGAACACGCCUCUAAAACCCUCGUGAGGCCGGACCGUGCACAACUUGUCGGGGUUUUCGCCGGUGUUUCCCUAGCAGACAUCAUUGAAAAGGUCUAUAAACUCAACCUCGACGUGGUGCAGUUGCACGGCUCCGAGCCCAUAGAGUUCGGGCGCUCGAUCCCCGUCCCUGUCAUCCGCAAAUUCUCGCCCUCUGAACAAGGCCUGUCCGCCCGGGGUUAUCACGACCUGCCACUUCUCGAUGCUGGGGCGGGCGGAACAGGCCAACGUCUCGACCUACAGGAGGUCCGGGCACUGUUCUCCCGCGAUCCGGAUGUGAGAGUCAUGUUCGCGGGCGGUCUAACGCCCGACAAUGUCCAGGGUGUGCUCGAGGGCCUAGGUCCUUACAAGGACAACAUUGCGGGUGUCGACGUCAGCAGUGGAGUUGAAGAGAAUGGAGCGCAGAGCAUAGACAAAAUCAUCAGGUUUAUCAGAGCUGUCAAAGGAUAG